CCAGCCACCUUCUCCACAUCCAUCUUUUAUUUCAUUUUUCCACUUGGCUGAGCCAUCCAGAACCUUUUCAAUGUAUAAAAUGGAAUAUUCUUACCUCAAUUCCUCUGCCUACGAGUCCUGUAUGGCUGGGAUGGACACCUCAAGCCUGGCUUCAGCCUAUGCUGACUUCAGUUCCUGCAGCCAGGCCAGUGGUUUCCAGUAUAACCCGAUAAGGACCACUUUUGGGGCCACGUCCGGCUGCCCGUCCCUCACGCCGGGAUCCUGCAGCCUCGGCACCCUCAGGGACCACCAGAGCAGUCCGUACGCCGCAGUUCCUUACAAACUCUUCACCGACCACGGCGGCCUCAACGAGAAGCGCAAGCAGCGGCGCAUCCGCACCACGUUCACUAGCGCGCAGCUCAAAGAGCUGGAGAGGGUCUUCGCCGAGACGCACUACCCUGACAUCUACACCCGGGAGGAGCUGGCCCUGAAGAUCGACCUCACCGAGGCGCGAGUGCAGGUGUGGUUCCAGAACCGCCGCGCCAAGUUUCGAAAGCAGGAGCGCGCAGCGGCGGCCGCAGCGGCCGCGGCCAAGAACGGCUCCUCAGGCAAAAAGUCUGACUCCUCCCGGGACGACGAGAGCAAAGAGGCCAAGAGCACUGACCCGGACAGCACCGGGGGCCCGGGUCCCAACCCCAACCCCACCCCCAGCUGCGGGGCCAGUGGCGGCGGUGGCGGCGGGCCCAUGGCUGCGGCCGGGGGCCCAGGACAAGGCUGGGCUCCCGGCCCCGGGCCCAUCACCUCCAUCCCAGAUUCGCUUGGGGGCCCCUUCGCCAGCGUCCUAUCUUCGCUCCAAAGACCCAACGGUGCCAAAGCCGCCUUAGUGAAGAGCACUAUGUUCUGAUCUGGAUCCUGCGGCGGCGGCGGCGACGGCGGGAGCG